CAGGAAGCUCUACAAGUGGAAGAUUCAAGCAAAUACAAAAGGUACGACAAAUAUAAAACUCCCUUGAAUAAGAAUGGACUUACUAAAGCUAAUAAGGCAAAGCACAUUGAAUGUUUCUAUUGUCAUAAACGAGGACAUAAGGCAAAUCAAUGUUUGAAAAAUGACGACCAUAAAGCUCGAUUAGCACAAGUCCCUGAAGUACCCAAAACUGAACAAUGCCUACGGAUCUCCAAUAUUCUGGAUGAAGAUAAUCAGGGUAACAGCAUUGUUACUGAUAUUUCAUUGAAUACAAACAUGGAAUUACCAAAGGAGUGGUGCAUUGACAGUGGUGCGACGUCACACAUGUGCUGUGACAUAAACUGCUUUGAAUCUACGGAGUCAAUAACGAAUCAGAGGGUAAGAUUAGCAAAUGACAAAUUG